ACCAAUUCCAAUAUGGUGGCCAGCCUGGCGGGUCUACGGUUCCUGUUCAUGGUGUUGUUGUUCUGCGGGUUCGGGUUCGGGUUCGGCGCCUGCGGCCACGAGGCUCCGCGGGUUCUCGGGCUGCGACUGGAGGAUCCGACGGGUCCGGUGUGCAUGAGGGGUCGGGUCGUCUCGGCGCCAGAAGGAGCCUCGUUCCAGCUCCGGCUGUUCUUCGGGACUGGGACGGUUCUGAAUGGGAGCCUGCUGCGGGUCGGGUUCGCUGGGGAGGUCGGGGACGCGCCUGACCCGUGCGGGGAGGAGUCCAACCGGAAAGAGUCCGCUUUCCAGGUGACGGGUGGGUUCGAGCAGGAUGAGGACUACAGCGGGCUCAUGACGGUGGAGGUUCGGCAGACCAGCAUCUCAGCGGGACCGAGCCUCCACCGAGUGUGCGUGCUGAGCGGAGACAGCUGGGAGUCGGUGGGCCCGGACCGACUGCGGGUCGACCCCUGCCCCGGUCCGCCCGCAGACUACAUCCCGCCGUGGGGUCUGGCCGUCCUGAUCGUGGUGCUGCUGCUGGUCUGCGGGACGCUGCGGACCGUGAACCUGAGCCUGCUGUGGCUGGACCCCGUGGAGCUGUACGUCCUCCACAGCUGCGGUUCCGAGGAGGAGAAGCGGGCCGCCAAGCGCCUGGAGCCCAUCAGGAGGAGGGGGAACUUCCUGACCUGCUCCCUGCUGUUCCUGUGCGCUCUGGGUCACUCGGCGCUGGGCGUGCUCCUGUACCGGGCCCUGGGCUCCAUCGUGUCCGCGGUCUUCGCCAGCGGCCUCCUGGUCUUCUUCCUCGCCGAGCUCGCCCCCCACAUCCUGUGCUCCGGCUACGGGUUCCAGCUGGCGCCGGCUCUCACCUGGCUGGCCCAGGUGAGCAUCGUGCUCACCUGCCCCCUGUCCUGCCCCCUGGGGCUGAUCCUGGACCUGGCUCUGAGGAGGGACGUCAGCACCUGCGGGAUACGGGAGAGGGCGAUGGAGAUGAUCCGCACCAGCGUCAACGACCCGUACAGGCGAGUUCGUGAAGGAGGAUUCAGCCGCGGGAUGCUGCGCAGUAAGGACCGUGGAGGACUCCUGACCCGCUGAAGGAUUUGCUUCAUGCUGCCAGAGUUCCGUCGUUCCUUCGACUUCUCCACCAUUGCUUCUGAGAUCAGGUUUGCAGGAGCCGGCUACACCCGAGUGCCGAUCUACGGGAGUUCCAGGUCCAACAUUGUGGAGAUCCUGUAUGUGAAGGACUUGGCUCUGGUGGACCCGGACGACUGCACCCCGAUGACGACCAUCACCAAGUUCUACAACCACCCGCUGCACUACGUCUUCAACGACACCAAACUGGACGCCAUGCUGGAGGAGUUCAAGAAAGGAAACUCUCACAUGGCCAUCGUCCAGAAGGUGAACAACGAGGGGGAGGGAGAUCCUUUCUACGAGGUGCUGGGAUUGGUCACGUUAGAGGACGUCAUCGAGGAGAUCAUCAAAUCAGAGAUCCUGGACGAGUCCGAUGGCUACUUGGACCGGAAGGUGAAGCGUCCUCUGGCUCGCUCCAGCCUGGGAGAUUCCUCUGAGCCUCCGCAGGUCCACGAGGAGUUCUCGCUCCUUCAAGCUCCCGAAGGAGAACCCAAGAUUCCGAGACGUCCGCCGCAGCUCCUGCUGGCGACGCACCGGUUCCUGUCCAGAGAGGUGGAGCACUUCAGCCCGGGACGCGUGUCCGAGAAGGUCCUGUUCCACCUGCUCCGUCACCCCAGCGUGAACCAGGAAGUUCACUUCGACCCAAACAACCGGCUGAGCGCGGGUCACUACCUGUACACCCGGAACCACCCGGUGGAUUAUUUCAUCCUGCUGCUGCAGGGCCGUGUGGAGGUGGAGAUCGGCAAAGAGGGGCUGAAGUUUGAGAACGGGGCGUUUACGUACUACGGCGUCUCCGCUCUGACGCUGCCAUCUUCAGUGCACCAGUCUCCAGUGUCGACCCAGCGUCACUCCCCCAGGGAUCCCUUUGAGUCAGCAGAAGCUACGAGCCCGUCCAGCUAUUGUCCUGACUACACCGUCCGAGCUCUCACUGACCUGCAGCUCAUACGGGUGACACGUCUGCAGUAUCUGAACGCUCUGAUGGCGUCGCGGGUCGGCCAGAGUCCAGAUCCUCCUGAGAUCAAGAUCCUGCCCAACAGCCAGACCAAGCUGCUGAACGACAGAAACACCACACAAGAGUUCCCUGUAAACUUUUCAUUCUUUGAUACCAUUGAGAACUACUGUUAGUACUUUUUUGUGCAUGAGGUCAAUGAGAUGCAGGCUGCCUGUGGCAUGACAGCAGGCCGCACACAGUCUCUCACACACACUGACUGACUGUUUCUACCCUUUACCCUGUGAGAUCAGCGGUCCCUGUGGGUGCAGUUUAUGUUCGUGAGACAGAUUUCUUGAAUCAGGAUGUGUUAGUGUAAGUGUGUGUGUGAGGCUUUGUUUCUUCAUCCUGUGGCAUCCCUCCUCUCUGCUUUUCCCUGAAAUCUCUUCUGUUGGCUACGUCAACUCUCUCAGAUCUCAGAGACCGCAUGUCAGAUCUGAUUCAGCUCUUCGCUUUUUAACAUCUUUUUAAAUACGAGACGGCGGGAAGAAGGCGCAAAAGUGACAAGAGACUCUGAAAGAAGCACAAUCAGUGAAAAAUGAACUAUUAGAUGAUAUUAAAAACAGAGUAUUUUGUUAUCGGAAGCGUUCUGGUUUCCAGUUGUAGUGGAUAAAGUAGUAUUUGAACUAAUUAUUUUAUUUUCGCGUCAUGCACACAAAGUGCCAAACCCUCAUGGGGUUUACAAGACACCAAAAAUACAGCUGCAGUCAUCAAACA